CACACGCCUCUUUUUAUCGCCGACUGAGCCGUACGCAGAUGACGCACUGAGGCUCAGUGUGAAGAUGGCUCCCUUUCCAGACGAGGUGGAUGUUUUUACUGGCCCACACUGGCGAAUGAAGCAGUUGGUGGGCCUAUACUGUGAAAAGCUGUCAAAAACCAACUUCUCCAACAACAAUGAUUUUCGCUCAUUUCUUCAGUCACUGUGCGCCACCUUUAAGGAGUUCAAGAUGCAUGAACAAAUUGAGAAUGAGUACAUAAUCGGCCUGUUGCAACAACGCUGCUGCACAGCGUACAAUGUGCACUCUGACAACAAACUCUCAGAGAUGUUGUCCCUCUUUGAAAAAGGGUUGCACAGCGUUAAGAGUGAAUAUGAGCAGCUUAACUAUGCCCAGCAGCUGAAGGAGAGACUAGAAGCUUUCACACAAGACUUUCUGCCCCACAUGAAGGAAGAAGAAGAGGUGUUUCAGCCUAUGCUUAUGCAGUACUUCACCUAUGAGGAGCUCAAGGACAUCAAGAAACAGGUGAUAGCGCAACACUGCAGCCAGCAGCAAUGGGACUGUGCCGCUGAGGUGCUGAAGGGCUUCAGUUUGUGGAGCCAGGCAGAGGAGCUGCAAAAAGCCUUUAAAUACGCAGAUCACGAGAAGACAGAUUAUGAACUGGAAAAGAACAGGAAUUGUUCAGCCCACAUCACCCAGCUUCCUACAGAAAUCAUGCUGAGGCUGUUCCACUAUUUAAGCCCUGUAGAUCUGUGCCGCUGUAGCCAAGUGUGCAGCUCUUGGUCAGAGCUGGCCAAGACCGGCUCUCUGUGGAGGCACCUCUAUCCUGUACGCUGGGCCAGAGGUGAUUUUUAUCGUGCCCCCCCUGGGGAUCUGGACCAGGAGCCAAAUGAUGAGUGGGUAAAGAGUCGACAGAAUGAGGGUCGGGCCUAUCAGGAAUGGGAUGAGGAUGCUGAUGUAGAUGAGUCUGAUGUGUCGAGCCAUAGUCAGGGCUCCCUGGCAAUUAGCACCGCUCAGCGAGAGAAAAGGUUUCUGAAUGGCAUUAUCCAGAACCUCCUGCCAGCUGUGGGUCCAUCUGUCAAAUCCAUUGUUCUUGCGUACAGUUCUACAGUGUCUAGUAAAAUGGUGCGCCAGAUCCUCAGUCUCUGCCCCAAUAUUACUCACCUGGACCUGACCCAGACUGGUGUUACAGAUUUUGCAUUUGACAGCUGGUCAUCUCUCGGAGCCUGUCUUUCUCUGGAGCACCUGGAUUUGUCGGGGUGUGAGAAAAUUACUGAUCACACCCUGAAGAAACUGUCUUUUGGGCUGGGUGACCUCACACCUUUCACCUGCUUUGACAAACGCUCGGACCGACGCGCCAAGCUUCUGAAAAAUUCCCCAAUGCCCAUCAUGCUCAUGGAAGAGAGAAACCUACAUCCAGUGGGGCAGAAGCGGCAGGCCAUCAUUUUCAAGCAGGGUACUGGCCAUUGGGGAGCUGCCUGCACCCCCACAGAAGUGUGGGUCCUGGACACCUCGGACCUUGCUGAUAUUGAAGAUGCUGCAGAGUGGAGCCGUCGUGGUGGGAUGUCUCUUCCUGAAGCAGAAAGCUUUGUCGAGGCACAGCUUGUGGGAGGCUCAUGCUGUUGCAGGAGGAGCAGGAGGCGGGGGCACAGGACUGGUUCAAGUGCCUCAUAUUUGCAUCAGCAGUAUGCCAUGUCUGGGGAAAUGUUUUGUGGUCACUCCACCUGCUGCACUGGUGACAUGGCCCUCAGGACUUUAAAUGGGCCUGAAUCAGGCACCACCACCACCACCACCACAAGCAGCACUGCAGAGUUUCGGACUAAAUGCUCUUCAUUUGGGAGCCUGCAGUGUCUGGAGCAUGAAAACAGGACUGGCCAGUCAGAGGCAAAACGCACGCUGAGAUUUCUCAGUCUCUCUGGAUGUUAUCAAGUCACAGAUUUGGGUUUGAGGGCUUUGUCUCAGCGUGGAGGGCUUCCUGUCCUGGAGCAUCUUAACUUGUCUGGCUGCCUCUUCAUCACCGAGAAGGGGCUGCAGGAGCUGGUGUCAGCCUGUCCUUCGCUCAAUGAUGAGCACUUCUAUUACUGCGACAACAUUAACGGUCCUCACGCAGACACUGCCAGCGGCUGCCAGAACCUGCAGUGUGGUUUCAGGGCCUGUUGUCGCUCCGGAGAGUGAUCCUGCCUAGCAACGCUCUCCUGACACGUCACGUCUUCUUUUUAUUGCACUUUAUCCUGGGAAUACCGGUUGCUGUAUUUGUGUCACUUAAAAAUGUUUCUGGAUGAAACUGUAAUUUUGCUCCUGUUAUUUCCAUUUCCAUCUAUAUUAAAUGGAAAAAAUGUUUCAGAAAAGAAAAAUGGAAAGGGGUGAUAAUGGAUUUGAAGUGUCUGAAAAUGUACAUUCUGGUUCCUAUUUUUAUUUUGAAAACUUAAAAAACUAGGAGUGUAAACACCAAGUACUUUGUUUUCUGUAGUUAAACUUUGUUUGAUUUUUUGACUUAAACUAUGCUGAUUUACAUAAGUCUUCUUCUCCCUGUGCUGUGUUUAGUUGAUUCAUUUAUAAUCAGCAGUAGCAUCAAAGUGAUGUUUUAUUUUUACCUUUAAACAAACUUUGUCAAGUAUUGGAGGGUGACUUGGAAAAUGAAACUGGAUGUAAUUGAUCGCUGCCUCCCCUUCCAUCAAAGCUGACUGUUGUGGACGGCUGUUAUGUUGCUGAUGGUUACAGGUCAGAAUGAUCUACAUAUAGUCCCAGUUGAUGAUCAGUUCACUGUCAGUGCCGCCAUGAAGUUACUGACACACCAGUAGAGGAUGUACAGACAGAAUUGGUACAUAACAACCAUCCAUGUCUUAAACAUUUUGUGAUACCGGAUGUUCAUAGUCAAACUUUUUGCUUUUAUUCUCUUUAAAGCACUCCAAUGUUGCGGGCAAGGAAAUGGACCGAUGUUCAUGUAAGAGGGAUUUUAAUGCGCCCAACACUGAAGAGCUUUUAGAGAAGCUGAAAGGGGAUUAAGAAUAAUGAACCUUAGAUUGGGAGAAGCCUACUGUGUACUUCAUCUUUGAUCAUUCUGCAACAGGAUUUAUUUGCUUGUUCGAAGGUCUUGCAUAAGGAGUUCUAUUGUAAAUGUUAAAUUCAUAAACAGAACAAUAAAAGUAUCUUGGAGUUAAAA